CUCAAGAAUGCCCUCUUGGGUUACUUUUCUUCCUCAGCAGAGCUAGUAGGGAUCAAGGUCCGCUGAAGGCCCUGAAAGAAACAACAAAACCAACGAAACAAAACAAACAAACAAAGAAAAAACUGUUGAGAACUUGGAUGAAGAACAAGGGGAACAGAACCACCAAAAACAAGCAAACAAACAAACAAAAAAAACAGUAUUCACCAACCCCUUCCUCUCAACCAGAGUGUGGCACACAAUUAGGCGUUCAGUAAAGGUUGGUUGGAUUCUAUUUACUGAACUGACACAAGAUUUGGGGCAGUUUGCAGUGAGAAAUGAUGGCAGAGGAGGAAAAGAGACUGAAGGGGAAGCCCGGGGCGCACCGCAGUGGGAGAAGGAGGGUCAAGAGAUUGUGUGAAAGGGAGGAGAGGGAACUUGGAGUCAAGUCCCGGGCUCCGUGCGCCCCAGGCAGCGGGCGGCAGCCAGGCUAGCCCUCCUCCAGCCCCGCCAGCGCCCAGUCCUUCCGGCACCCUGGGGUGGCGAGACCCCCCGGCUCGCGCGCUCGGCUCCUGGCGCUGGGAGGCGUGUGUGUCGCUUUAAAAGCUCCCUCCCGGCGCGCGGGGCCGGCCCCUUCCCUGCCAGCGCCGAAGCGAGCGGAGCCGCGCGAGCCCGGCGGCCUUUGAGGGAGCCAGCGCCCGCCCGGGCGGCCAGUCCGGCGGGGCGCGGCGGCGCUCGGGGGAAACCGGCCAGGCCCUCGGAGCCGGGAGGGUAGCACAGGCCCCGCCGUGCCGAGAUCCCUAGACCUCGUGCGCUCAUCUCGGCAGUGCUGGACACCGGUCCCCCAGACCACCGCCGCCGCCCCUCCCCCGGGAUUCGAAGGAAUCCGGACUUUCCUCAUCGUGGAUCGAGCCGACUGCCGGCUAGGCUGAGCGGAUUCUCCGGCCGCUCCGGACGCCGCCCGGGCCGGAGCACAGACAUUCUGGGUCCUGACUGAGUGCACCCCGGACGCCUGUCAGUGCUAGCUCGGAAAGGGCAAGCCAAGCCAGGGGCAGGACAGACCCCGGAGGGGCCCCAGACCCGCCGAACUGGACUGGACAGAAAGAAUCGAGAACCCUGCGGAGCCCGGGGAAUGCCGGGCGUGGGCUGAGGGGAUCCCGGCGCCCUCCCCAACCCUCCGACUUUGGCUCAGUCGCCCGGACCGGACCGGCGUCUCCUCGGCCCGGGUCACCUGUGGCCUCGGGGCCCCCGAGCCCACCGGACCCUUGCAACCCGGAGCCUGGCGGGCGUGGUGGGAGAUUUUUCCUGCCCCCUUCCCCGGAGUGCAGAGGCCCCGCCCCCUCCCACCGCCCAGAUGUCUCCGGUCACAGCUCGGAGGACCUUCCUGAGGCCAGGAGCCGAAGGGUCCAGAGAGAGAAGUCCGCCCUAGGGGAGCCUUGGGGGCCCCCCAACCUCGUCUUGGGGCUCGGCCCCCGACGCUGCUUGGAGGAAAGACCGGUGCCCCCAUCCUCUGGGGCUGCCCUCCUCCAAUCCAGGUCCCUCUCCAGCGCUGUUCACAUCUGGAGCUCCCUCCACAUCUGGAAGACCCUGACCACCGUCCCUCUGCAGGUUCAGCUGCGUCUAGAGACCUCUGCCUUUGUAACUGCCUAGGAGUUGCGAGGGGAUUGCUGCCUUCCCCCAUCCCAAGGGCAUCUCUUACCCUAGUCCUUGCAGAAUCAUCCCCCUGCCUCCACACCCAGAUUCAGGCAAAGAUCAGCUUUGUAUACCACAGGCUCUUCAAGUCCUGGAAGCUGUUCUUGGGCCCUAAGGUCCCUCCCCUUGCCCUCUUGUGUCCUCACCUUGACCCCCCCCCCCGUCAGACUCUGUCUCCCUCUGGGUGCUCCAUCCCCCACCCAGAGGCAGAGUAGGUCGAGUGGCAGGCUGCAGGGGCUGGGUGAGGGCCGCCCAAGGCCAGGGUAGGCUGGGGGGCCGUUAAAAUGUGGAGCUCUGCCCGGCCGAGGGAGGCUCCGUGGAGGCAGGCAAAGCGUGUGCCCCGCUGGGGCGAGUAUGGGCAGGCUUGCGGCCACGUGGUGAAGGAUGAACAUUCGGGGUGCCCCAGACCUCGGGCAGCCCAGUGACAACCCCAACAGUGGUGGAGAGAGAGAGCGGAUUCGACAGCGCAUGAAGAUGGUCAUCGGGCAACUUGAAGGCAUCCUGAAGGAACUCAAAGAAGUGGCUAAGGAGCUGAGGGAGGUGGUGAGUCAGAUCGACAAGCUCACCUCUGACUUUGACUUUGAACUGGAGCCGGACGACUGGACCACGGCCACUGUGAGCAGCACCUCCAGCAGUGACAAGGCGGGUGUGGGCGGCCCCUUUGACACGGGCCACCUGGACUUCAUGACAGCCGAUAUCCUCUCAGACAGCUGGGAGUUCUGUUCCUUCCUGGACGUCUCCACCCCAUCGGACUCCGUGGAUGGCCCUGAGGCACCACGGCCAGGCGCAGGCCCUGACUACCAGCUCAUGAAUGGUGGUUUGCCCAUCCCCAACGGGCCGCGAGUGGAGACGCCAGAUUCCUCCAGCGAAGAGGCCUUCAGUGCUGGCCCUGCGAAGGGUCAGGGACCCCAGCGGACCCCAGGGACGAGGGAAAGGGUGCGGUUCAGUGACAAAGUGCUCUACCACGCUCUGUGCUGUGAUGAUGAAGAGGGCGAUGGGGAGGAGGAGGCAGAGGAGGAAGCAGGCCUGACCCCAGAGCUGCCCCACGUGGAGCCACACACAGGCCCCCUCAAGCCCUCCCCAGCCCCCCAAAAAACCAGGCGCUCUCCGUUGACUACCCGACGCCUGGGCCCCACGUUGGCUCCAGAACAGACCCGGAGGGUCACAAGGAACAGCAGCACCCAGACAGUAUCAGACAAGAGCACGCAGACAGUGCUGCCGUAUACAGCCACCAAACAGAAAACCAAGGGCAAGAACUAGGGGCUGGGGAGGGGGGAAUGCAUAGAGCUAUAAAUAUAUAUAUAUAUUUAAACAAACAGUCAUAAUAAAAUUCAUAAAUACUAAGGAUCCGGGCCCACAGGCCCCAAAGCCUUCAAGAAAGCUCAUAGUAAAACAAUCAGAUGU